AUGAUGUUCCGGCGCCUGCGCGGUCCGUUCAGCGCGUUCAUCGUGAACCUGGCGGUGGCAGACCUGUGCACGUCGCUGCUGCACGCCGCGGCCGCCGCCUCCUCCUUCAGCGGACACUGGGUGUUCGGCGUCGCAGGCUGCCAGCUGUACGCAUGCGCAGUGGGUCACUUCGGGCUGCUGUCCAUCGUGACGUUGGCCGCCAUAGCCGUGGAGCGCUACAUGGUCAUCACGGCCAAGCCGCUGUCCGCCUCCUGGAAGAUGACGCAGUACACCGCCAGGAAGGGGGCACACGGCAAGAAGUGCAAAGUGGAUCUGGCACGUCGCCAGCAAAGCCUUCACUGCGCCUGCUUACUGAUAUGCCCUGCCGCUCUUCCAGGCAGAUGUGCCAUCGCCGAACAGAACUCGCUGACGUCAGUCGCAGCCCCGAGUGAUGGCCAGGCGGAUGCGGCCACGUUGACAGGCUCAGCCGGCGGUGGCGGGCAGGGCCGCGCCCGCGCCGUGCUGCACCCCGGCAGCAGUGAGCCGUGCUGGCAGCAGGACGAGGAGAUGCAGCGGUAG